AUGACAUCAUUUAGCCGCGAAGUUAAUAUUGGGUAUAUGAUAGCUUGGGAUUGUACUAUACCAGUUUUCUUAAACAUAAUUCAAUGUAUCUUUCUAUACAAUUGUUUAAGGCCAAUGCCCGGAUUUCAAAGUUCAUCAAUUAGUGAUACAUCAUCACCAACUAGAUUAUCGAUUAGAAAUAGCUUUCGAAUUAGUCAAAUGAUGUUCAAUUUUAAUAGUAGUAGUAGAAGGGAAAAUGAAGGACGGUCAAUAUCAAUUUGUAAUUAUGAUGAAGAGACUUCAACAACGGGUGAUGCUCGUAACUCUGUAAUAAAUUUACAGCAUACUCAGUCUUCAUUCUCUUCAACGGAUAAAUUGGAUAAAUUGGAUAAAAUCACCGAAAAAAAACCGGUUGUAAAUCCGAAUUAUAAUAAUGAAGAAAUUAAACAUGAUUCACUACAAUCAAUAAACAGUUUAAAAUCUAUAUCUAAAUCAUCAAAAUAUAAUAAUAGUGCUAAAAAUUCAAUAUCAACACUUUCUGAUUUAAAUGUUCCGCCAGAAGAAACUGGUGUAGCAAUAUAUCCAAGUUCUUUGACACCAAGAAAUAGUUAUUGUUUAAGUCCUAGUCUUAUCACGAUAGUUCAAUGGGAUACAUUGCUGAAGAAUUGGAAUGAUAGUAGGGGUAGUGAAUUAGUUGCCGUAAAUUCAUCGGCUUCUCAAGACAUGUCAAAUCCAGUAAUAAUAAGUCCUGAAGAGGUAGCAUUGGCCAAAGCCUCAUGGGCAAGAUCAGAAGAGGAUCUUGGUACUUAUAAUAAAGGAAGUUUUAAUGUUAGUAGACAUACGUCGAGAAGUCAUUCAAGCUUAAGAUUACAAAGAGAUUCUUCUACUAUAUCAAUAUAUUCAGAUAUUACAGAUAAACAAGAAUGGUUAAAGAGACGACCUACAUCACCUCUUGUUAGAAAAAUAACAAUUCCAAGAUCUGGUCUUGUUAUAAAAACUGAUUAUUAA